AUGUCCGAUGGAUCGUGGUUUGCGGAGUUGCAGCUGCUCGGCAAUGAACUUCUCCGGGGUGACGAUGGGCCCGGGCACAGCGGGCAAAGUGAGCCUGAAGAGGAGGAGGAAACUGCAGCGGAGCGCGCGGCGCGCUUCAAGCUCAUGCAAGAGCGCUUCGUAAAGGAAAACCUGGAGAAGCUUCAGCCACACCUCAAGGCUCGCGAGUACCUGGCAUCCAUCGAGCAAGAGGAAGCGGCCUUUGACCGGCAGCAUCAAUUGGCGAUGCAAGAAGCGCAGAUGGAGCGUGCGGCCAAGGAGGCGCGUGAAGCCGCCGAAAGGGAAGCUGCCGAAGCUGCCGAAAGGGCGGCGACGCGCAGUCCAGCGAGCCCCGUGCUUUUGCCUGACGAUGUCAGCGAUGACGAGUUCAAAGCUCGAGAGCAGGAGCCACACGACAUUUUCGAGUCCCUCCCGCGGGAAUCGCGAGAUGUUGGCAUGAGCCAAACCAUUGCAAUGGCCGCGUUUGAAAUCUUCCGCCUCGUGAUGGUCGUCCGCAGCUGCACCACGAAGACCGUGGUGGAGGACUGGAAGGAAGUCUUCCAGGAUGCCGCGAACAACUGGGAGCACCGGCAAAUGCUGAUCUAUGUGCUGCAUGAGCUCUCCAAGCAGAAGCCGGGACUUGCCGACAUUCAGAGCCUGCUGCGGCAGCUCUUUGCUUGGCUGUUAGAGCCAGGGCUGCGGCUGACGGCAGCAGAGCGCGAAUGGAUCGCGGGCUGGGUCUUCACGCCGGACCCCAGCAGACCGCACCUGCUGAGCUGCAUCAUCCGCUUGGUCAGUUCUCCAGAAUGGACGUACUUCUUCGAACGCUGGCGCGAGCAGAUGCUGCAGGAGAGCCCGGAGACACUAACUUUGCACAUGUUGCCCUGCUCCGCCCUCCCAGCCGGCAACGCGACAGCGGAUCGCGGCCACAGAGGGGGCUGGAAAUGGAGCAGCACGCCCGGCGCAGGCCUCCCAGGCUCCGCCUUCCCAGCCGGCAACGCGACAGCGGAUCGCACCUGCAGAGGUUAUCGACCUGUGCGCCAGCGAGCCUGGAAAUGGAGCAGCGCGCCCGGCGCAGGCGAUGCUUUUCACGUGGUGGUCUCGGCUUUUGCCGGGGCCAUCAGCUCGCAACUGCGAGAAAAGGCGCCUGCGAACGCCGCCGCAGCAACGGAGCUCCGGAGGCGGCUGAAUACCAAGGCACUGACAGAGGAAGAGGCGCUACAACUCGCCUCCGCCUCCGAUGGCAAGGCAGCGGCGGGCAACGCAGCCCAGCGUGCGAAGAUUAGCAAGCUGGCGGCCGAUCUGGCGAAGGUCCUGGGAACCUCCAGCGUCGCAGCUGCGGCGUCCUCGGAAGAUCAGUUCCACUGCCUGGGCUACUUGAACUUGGAGAAGGCGGAGUCCGUCCUCAAUGAGUUCGCCAAGGUUCUCACACAGGUGCAGCGAGAAGCGGACGUGGCCCUGAUCUUGAAGCUGAACUGCGCAAGGAUGGUGGUGGACCUCUGCUGCCGAGUCAAAGACAACAUCGCCAGCUUCGAAAUGGCCGGGGACAAGGCGCCGGUGGUGGCCUGGAAGCAGAACUGCAACGUCCAGCUCUGCGCCCUGAAGUGGCUGGGUCUGCUGUGUAAGAGCCGCCUCGCGCGCUUGGUCCUGCUUCUCACUGGCCGGGUCACGCUUCUCGCCGAUGUGGCCACAGCCUACCUGGACAUGCACUUUGCGGAGGCCUUGAAGCCCCAAGACGUCGAGGGUGGGCCGGUCCUCUUCUUGCCGCAGCUCCUGCACGUCUUGGCGCUGCACAUGAAGCAGGCCCCACCAGAGGGCGCGCGAGACCUGCAGGGCUCACUGGCAGCAUACUUGAUCCUGUGUGGCCUUGCUGAGAAGCUUCGCGAGCUCUUCGGGCGCGCCGAGAUCCGUGGCCUCAAGCUCUUCGACGGGGCCUCUCCACUACCGCUGCUUCUGCUGCGGGCAAUGUGCUUUCUGCACAUCCUCGUCAACGCCUACCGCCGGCCCGGGGGCGCACAGCCCGAGGCGAGCUCAAGCCCUGAUGUGAUUGCAGCCAUUGCGGCCUCCAACGAGCGUGUGCUCGAGACCCUCCGCAACACCGAGCUCUUCGGUGUUGUUGGCAUCCUGGUGUCCAUCUUGCUUUCAGACGGCCGCCGGGAGAAGGGCGCGAAGCUGCCGCAGACGGUGGUGUCGCUGUGCGUGCAGGCCCUCCGGAUCCUCAACUGCGUUGCGCAGAUUGACCUCAAAACGCUGCAGAAGACCAUGGGCGCCGGGGCGGGUCGGCAGCAGGAGUUGUACCAUGUGCUGGUGACGCUCUUGGACUACUGCGUGGCCCGAAUUCCUGGAAACUUGGCGUAA